AAAAUACAGUUUUUGCUUGUUUAUGUUGUUUUGUUUGUUUAUGCAAGUGGCUCCCACUUUGUUUGACGGUCCUUGAACGCCUCAUAUAUUGGUCCCAAAUGCUCUCACUGAGAGACUAAGUCACCAAUGCGUGGAUGUUUCUAGAUUGUUCGGUGCACUGUUUGGCCGUGCGAUAACAUAGGCGAUAUAUGAAAAGUAUUACAUAUUUCUAGCAAAGAUUUUCAUAGAAAAGCGAGGUUCCACCGUAUCGUUGUUGCUUUUUUUUCAUGUUUUUUUUUUUUCAUGCUGUAUUCAAUUGUAGUGAUUCAAUUGCCCACUGCUUGGUUGUUGUUGUUUAAGGUUUUACAAGUUAUUUGUGCAAAUUAGUCUUCAUUUAUGGCUCUCGUUUCAUAAGACUCCUAUAUACAAAUCGCUGGUUAGUAAACCAAGUCCCGCUUUGCUGGAUUAGCGAGUUAAAUGCUGCAGCUGCACAUUCGCUUAGGUCGUUUUCGUGUCUCUACGUCUACGCCUCUACGUCUACGCCAACAUAUAGAGUAGCCCUAGUUAUUUUCCUAUCGUAUAGAAAUGAUAAAAUAAGAUUUUGCCAUCGUGACCAUCUUCAAUAUUUGCUUAGGCUUCUUUCAAAAUGGAAGCACAGCCUAUUGAUUGUCUGAGGAACGUUGUGUUUGUGGAAGAAAGCCUCUGCGCGAGUCAACUGAUGGGUCUUUCUUGAUGCCGCCUGCCAGCCAAGGUUCAGUCGGCAUAUGAUUACAGCACAUCUGUGUGUACAUAACGUGCAUGUGUUUAUCGCAGAGUUCAGUCCGUGUGCUUAAUCCUCAGAUCAUCCCCCAUUCAUCCUCUCAUCCUCCUCACUUACAGCCCUAAUCCUGUCAUCCCUCACUCUUUUUUUUUUUUUCACCCAGCCCUUUAUCCAUUUAUCUCUUUAUCCCGUUAUCUGUCCAUCACAUCCACCGCCCCAUUGUCCCCGCUCCUGCGGACCCAGUACUCCGUUUCCCCACCACCUCCAAUCACUUAUCCCGCUCCCCCCCCAUCUUUUUGGACCCAAUUCCAGCCACACUCAGCAGAUGUCUGAAAGCUUGGCACCAGGGCUUCUUUCCGCAGAGCUCCAUCCAUCCCUUAUGAAACCGCCGUGCGCAGAACUGCACUCUCAUCUCUGCAACAAAACAGCCGCUCGGACGUGUGGGGGGGCCUCAGCCGUAAUAAAUUGGCGCAUUGCAGUGUGAUAAAGAUUCCUGUCCGGGUUUUAGAGCGGAACCACGGCCGGUAUUCCCUGGUUUUUUUUGUGAGGCUCUCAUGUGUAUUUUGAAGGCAGCUGCAGCAGAGCAUGGAGAGCUUGUAGCUCACCCACGCAGCUCGCCGUCUUUAGACCGGCCUAGUAGCGAUGGCUGCUUUUUUGGAGCUGACGAGCUGUCAUGCAAUAAAUAAAUCAUCUAAAAAAGCUGCAAUGCAGUGGGGGUCGCCUUCUGUACUCUCACGCUGCCAGAGUGAAUAGAAGACAGCCCUUUCUUGCCUCCCGCUUUCUCCUCGCCAGGGGUUGCUUUGAGACGACUGCGGCGAAUCCUUGCUGAUUCCAACCCAAUGAAGGUUUUUCGCCGGCUACACGGAUGCUUGGAUAGAUUGCAGGAACCGAGGCUCAGAGGGAGGUGAAGUUUAAAAGAGGCGUGAACAAGAGGAAGCAGGGGCAGCAGUGUAACGUGAGAGACUGAAUGAUAGACAGACACGGCAAAGAGGAGAAGAGGAGAGAGAGAGAUAGGAGAGACCGGCUGUCAGGAGUGGAGAGACGCUAAGGCCUGCAGGGGAAUUAGAGCAGCAGAGGCGGCCGGUGAGACGAAGGAGGGGGAGAAAAAAAAAAAAAAAAGGCAGAGUGACAGGCAGACGAGGCUUGCGCGUUGAAGAAGCGACACCGGCUCGGGGAAGGACGAGGGAGAAUUUGAAUGGGCGAGACGGACGUGGACUGAAGCCGUUGUCAGCUCAUGGUCCUGGAGCACAGGCCGAGGAGAGGAGCAGGGGGGGAGGCAGAGAUGCACCAGGAGGGGGACGUGAAAGUGGACAACUGGUCAAGAGUUGUUCUACCAGGUCAGACCAUGAUGGGACUCUACUACCCAACCGCAUUGCUGGGGUCUCAGGAUUCAACAGGAGCACAGGAUGGCUUGGUGGCGCCGGCCUUCACAGCGUUCCCUCCUCCGCCCCCUCCCCAGAACGGGAUCACUGGGACAGAAUUUGGCCCCGGGGCCAUGUUUGGUGCCGGGGGUCAAGGCACAGCUGAGGUAGGCGCUGACGCUAACGGAGACUCCGCCAUCAGCGACAAUGGUAAGACCGAGGAGGCAUCCCAGGGGGACGCGGGCAUACAGUGCAGCACCGGGGGAGCAUCAGCAGGAGGCUCUGGAGGCGACUCCCCCGAGGCCAAAGGGACCCCCAAACGCCUCCAUGUUUCUAACAUUCCCUUCCGCUUCCGUGACCCUGAUUUGAGGCAGAUGUUUGGGCAAUUUGGGAAGAUUCUGGAUGUAGAAAUCAUUUUCAAUGAAAGGGGAUCAAAGGGUUUUGGCUUUGUGACAUUUGAGAACAGCGCAGACGCAGAGAAAGCCAGAGAAAAGCUCCAUGGCACGUUGGUGGAAGGUCGUAAGAUUGAGGUGAAUAACGCCACCGCCAGGGUGAUGACUAACAAGAAAAUGGUCAGCCCCUACCCUAACGGAGAGGCGCUGAGCACGCUGCCUUACGCAGGGUGGAAAUUGAGCCCAAUGGUUGGGGCUGUGUACGGACCCGAGCUCUAUGCAGUCCCAGGGUUUCCCUACCCUUCAGCGGCGGCUGCAGCAACGACGGCGGCAGCGGCGGCCGCAUUCCGCGGCGCCCACCUCCGGGGGCGGGGGCGCCCCGUCUACAGCGCCGUGCGAGCGGCUGUCCCUCAGCCCGCCAUCCCCGCGUACCCCGGUGUGGUGUAUCAGGAUGGGUUUUACGGCGCUGCAGACUUAUAUGGGGGCUAUCCCGCUGCCGCCGCAGCCGCCGCCGCUUAUCGCUACGCUCAGCCUGCGGCCGUAACCGGAGCAACCGCCGCAGCUGCCGCAUACAGUGACAGUUACGGGCGGGUUUACACGGCCGAUCCUUACCACGCUUUAGCCCCAGCGGCUGCCGCCUACGGAGUGGGAGCCAUGGCCAGUUUAUACCGGGCGGGAUACAGUAGGUUCGCUCCAUACUAAAGCCACAAACCACAUCCCAAGAUCCAAGGAAUUUUCACAUCUCUCCGGAAGCCUUUUUUUUUUUUUAAAGCUCAUUUUUUGGCAGACGCACCCUUUCCAUCUCUUUGCUGUCUGACUGCAGUGACAACCCCCCCAACACCCCCCCCCUUUUCUUUUUAUUGCCACAUCAGCAACUCUUUGUGUCGUGUGACGUGGCACGUUUUGUCAACGCUAACUUUUUAGGAACACUAUUGGAUCCGCUAGGAAAGAGAGAGACCCGUUCCUGCUUGAUCUUCCUACACUACAAAGUCCAAAUCCUUAGUAAAUCCACUCCACUCCCACGGUGUCCCCCAAGACAGUUUGGCACUGUGGUGCAUUCAUGAACCUCACUUUCAUCUCUGUAUAAAAAAAAAAAAAAAGUAGGAAUUUUUUUUUUUUUUUUUUUUUUUUAAAGACGGCACGGAAACAUGGGAGCUUCUGACUGACAGGAACCACUAAUUGUCCCAGUCACACCAAAAACAAUGAAUGGCAUGAAACCCUCAAGUUAUGCUGGGAUUCCCACGGGUGCAAGGAACGUUACGUUAAAAAAAAAAAAAAAAAUGGGAAAAAAUUUUUUUCUUCUACAUUACCUCAGUUUUAUGUCGAUCUUGUUUUUGUUGCCAUAAUUUGAUGUCCGCUUCAGUUCGCCUUUGCCACAGCAACACUAAAAAAAACACAACGGACGCAACGGAAGCAUCCACUUGGACACAACACGGCGGCGUCCCUUGUGAGGCUGACGGAGACCACAUAGGAAAGUCAGGAACUGCAUUCUGGAUCCCAACUCCGCUGGAUUGCAGGCACGUGCAUUCGAUCCGAUAUUUUGGAAUUUUCUUUAUUUGUCAGUAUUUUCUGGACACAGUAGUCAUUUUUGUAGUACUUUUUUUUUUUUGAAGGAGGCCUGGCAAGUCUUGUUAUGUAUUCCACACCUCAGUAUAUACUCCCCAUGUUAUUAUUAUUGCUCUUUGCCUUUUGGUUCCAAAGAUUGUUUUUUCCCAAGGAAGCACACUUUUAGACUCCAUGAACUUUUUGUCUGUGCUCAACUGCUUGUUUUUAUUUGUAAAAAAAAAAAAAAAAAAUGAAUAAUAAUAAUCUCUGCGUUGAAGCCGUAUUUUUCUAGAUGCUGGUGUCAGACACAUUUCCACGGUGGUCGGCCCUUUUUGGAAACCUGCCAACAAAACCCCGGGACGCAUGAUUUUUUUUUUUUGUUCGCGGCACCCGCAAGGUAUGCCGGAAUGCGCACGUGGGUUGUUUGUUGGUUCGUUGGUUUUCGGUUUUGCUGCAGUCGGGAGUCAUGAGGGACGUUCCGAUUGGGAUGGGAGGAAGAAGGCAUGAAUAUUAGGAUGGGGGGGGGGG